GCGAAGGAUAAUUUUCACUUUAAAGAGCCACCGGAUUCUGCACUAUUCCUUGCGACAGGAAGUGCCAAAAGCAGCAGGAAAAUGGCGGAUACUGUCUCGACGCCGCCCAAGCCCGUCCACACCAUUGUGCUGGACGCUGGACCCAUCAUUAAGAAUACCCCGCCAUUGUCCACUUUGCUGGCUCAAUGCGACGAGAUUAUCACCACCCCCUCAGUGGUGAACGAAAUUCGCGACCCGGACGCCCGCGCUCGAGUCGAAACCCUUUACCUGCCCUUCUUGAAGCAGCGAACUCCGAACCCGAACAGCUUCAAUGUCAUCAGCGAAUUUGCCCUCAAGACGGGUGACCGAUCCGUGCUGAGUCGAGUCGAUAUCGAGGUGCUCGCGCUCGCAUAUGAGAUUGAGUGUGAGCGCAACGGUGGCGAUUGGCGCUUGCGCAGCGUUCCUGGUCAGAAGAGAGUCAAUGGAAAGCCACCUGUCAAGGAGGAGGAAAAGAAGGAAGGAACAAAGGCUACUGUGGAAGAAACCGCCAACGAUACCACCGGGGCCGCUGUGACCGAGGCCCCCGUGACCGAGACUCCCCAGGAAUGUAAAGAGAACGAGGCCGCACCGACACAAGAGGUUGAGCAUGUUACAGAGAGCACUACGGACGAGCCUGCGGCCGACGAGGAUACCCCCGAGGAGAGCAAGGACGAGGCCAAGGCCGAGGAGGAAGAUGAUGCUGCUGAUUCAGAUGGAGAAUGGAUUACGCCCACCAACUACAAGAAGCGGCUGGCCGGCGAUGAAAGUGGGACGGGAGGAGCUGGAUCCGAGCCCAAGACUAUGCAGGUCGCAACUAUGACCACCGACUUUGCGUGCCAAAACGUUCUUUUGCAGAUGAACCUGAACCUUUUGUCAACAACUACUCUUCAAAGGGUCCAGCAUCUCAAGUCAUUCAUCAAGCGCUGUCAUGCCUGCUUCCUUACCACCAAGGAAAUGAACAAGCAGUUCUGCCCUCGUUGCGGUAAAGACACGCUUACUCGUGUGUCGUGCACCACGACCGCCAACGGCCAGUUUACCAUGCAUCUGAAGAAGAACAUGCAGUGGAACAACCGAGGCAACCGUUUCAGCGUUCCCAAACCCGUCGCUGGUAGUGCCAACGGCAAGUGGAAGGGCGGCGGUGGAAAGGGAGGAUGGGGCACUGAGCUUAUUCUCGCAGAGGACCAAAAGGAGUACACUCGAUCUACCACCGAGGAAGAGCGGCGCCAGCGUCGGGAACGGGACCUUAUGGACGAGGAUUAUCUCCCUGGCAUCUUGACUGGUGAGCGCAACAAGUCUGGAGGCCGCAUCAAGGUCGGCGCCGGCCGGACCAUCAACUCGAGAAAGCGCUAAGUGCAGCUGGGGGACAAAACUUGCAUUAUGGACUACAUGGACUGGAGUUUGGGAGGCAUGCAUAAAACGUCAUUCGAACCGUUUUCUUGUCACGAUGGACAACCUGCUCUGUUCAUGAGUAAUGACCGGGGCGAUCAAAGCCGACCUCCUUACGAUGAACCUUGCACAUAGGAUAGAACCGAAUAUAGAGAUAUUGGUACAAAUGCGUCAAAAAGAAAAAGUUAUCAUUGGUAGCCAAAUAUGUGAGACUAGGUAGGUAUUCCCCAAUGAGAUUUGACCAUAGAAAUCUGGUCAGAAGCAAUGCAUAUCAUAGCCGUCCACAGACUAUACAAGUAACACCAAGCGCCAAAUUGCGGGUUAUAUCACCCUGAAAUCCAUUUUUCCCAAGUUUUAUUGUCGCAAUUUAGGAGGAAGCGGACUCCUCUAG